AUGGAAUUUCAACUUAGCAACGAUAGGAUUAUUGCAUAUCAUAGGAGUAGAUAAGACUAUGUAGAUGCACCUGAAAAUACUCUUAGAUUUGCCUACGGAGAUCGUAGAUAUGAAAAGAUGACUAAAGAUUUAGUUACAGAAUCAGAUAUUUUAAAGCUUAAGACUUUAGAAGAAAUAAAUGAAGAUUUUAGAAGAGCUGAUUUCAUAAAUCUUGCUCUAAUGAGUAGCGAUAUUUUGGCAGUAUUAAUAUAACAUUUAAGAGAUAAAUCUGAUCCUAUAAGAGAACUUGCAUCAAGAUCAAUCGUCUAAGUUUGUUCAUUAAAAUAUGGAAGAGAUAAAGUAAUAUAAAACGCAUACAUUCAUCAUAUAGCUGAAUUGAUUGAUGAUUAUCAAUCUGAAAUAAGAACUAAUUCUUAUGAUGCUAUGAAUAAUCUUGCAGAGUUUAGAGAUGGAGCUGAACAUAUCCUUUUAGCUGAAAAGCUUCCCUUCUUUGUUGAUAAAUUAAUUGAAGAAAAGGUAGAAAGUAUAUUAAUAAAGGUCCUACAGCUAAUAAAAAAAAUCUUAGAAGGUGAAGAUGCUACUAACUAAAUUCUAAAAACUUAAGCUAUAACUAGAUUAACUGGCUUAUUAGAGCAUUAAAAUCCUAAGAUUAGAGAGUUAUCUGCUAAGAAUCUAGCUUCUAUCAGCUUUUUAGACUUAGGUAAAAUAAAAGAGAUUGAUUUAAAAUGUGUACUACCUUUAUGCAAAAGACUCGAUGAUGAAGUUAGCUUUGUAAGAGAAGCUGCUUCUAUAUGUUUAGCUUCAUUAGCCCAAAGAAACGAAGCAAAGCAUUAAAUUCUUGACUAUUCAUACUUUGCAAGAAUUAUGGAAUUGCUUGACGAUCCAUCAAAGUAAACUCAACUCAAUAUAAUUUAACUUAUAGCUUCUGUUGCAGAGCAUCCUAUAGGGCGUAAGAAGGCAAAAAUUUGUUUAGAAAAGCUAUAAACUUUAAUGAAUGAUCCAUUAAAUGAAUUCUUGGCUCCAUAUAUCAAAGGUACUAUUGAUGUAAUAACAUGGGUCCCUUGA